AUGCAACUCCGUCCGACCCGAUCCGCCAUGUCUUCCAGGGCGUUCAUGGAAGAGCUUUGCAAUGACGCGGGUGGGUAUGGCAGGUUUCUUCGACUCUUGGCUGUCCACCACCUUUGCUGGUGGGUGGCAAUCACGGUGGUGCCUGCAGUUUUCCUUGACCACCACAGGUGUGAGGCAAGCAUGCCUUACUGGGCUUGGGGACUGUAUGCUGCAACGGUUCUGGCCAUGCUCACGAUGGCGAUCCUGAUGGAGCUGGCCAUGCUCCAGCGGCUUGGGCUUUUGCAGGCCAGCCAGCUUCGGUCAUUUUGGCAGGAACGGCGUUGGUGGCUGCCAUUGGCUUCUACAGUGCUGUGGAAGUUGGACAGCUACACCGAUGUAGCCUUCGUCAUCAUUGCACGUGACUGUGGCUCUUCGCUCUGGUGGGCGUCCCUGGCCACCAUCAUUUUUGGGGUUGUGUUUUGCCAGAUGAUCUUCAAUACGUGCUUUGCGUGCUCGGACUGCGAUGGGGAGCUGCCAGCUUCCUUCGGGUUCGUGCUGCUGGAUUUCAAGCUAAUCAACACUGCCAUCCGUGCGGUGGUACCCUUUGACCCGGAUGCUUCUGACCUUCCAGUGGCAAAGCCAGUGACGCUCAGAUCCUCCGGAAACCUGGUCAGCUUGGAGAAAGCUGUCGGAGACAUUGCGCAGGUUUGCAUACAGUCGUUGUUCCUGAUGAGUGCCUCGGCCCCGCAUGGCUUCGUGAUCUUCAGCGUGGCAGUCGGAGCAGCAAACUGCUGCUUGCUCGUAACUGCCGUGGUUCAGGACGCCGUUUCGGAGGAAUGGGCGGUGCAGGCCCAAAACCUUCAGCAGGGUACUCUGCUGGCACCGGGCAGUGAGGAUCCGGACUUGGAGGAUGCCCAGGAGGGGCCUGCCAGCGAGAUGCCGACCAUGCAGGAGAUGCCAUCAGGGCCAGCGCCGACGUCGCUUGGCCUCAGUGCCCUGAGUGCCUUUGACCGGCCAUCCAAAGGCGAUGACAUCGAGCUGCUGUGA